AUGAAUAGUGACUUUGAGGACGAAAUAAUCACAUCUGCUUUUACUAAGAGGUCUAGGGAGAGGCAGGCAGCCAAUAAUCUCAGUUCAACCAAGCGCAAGAAGCAUGUACGAAUAGAAAACGAUUACGAUGAUGAAGGACAAAACCAUGAUGAAGAUGAGGACUUUGGUGGCAGAGAUCAAAGUGAUGAUCAUGCAAGUAAUAGGAAGAAAAAGAAGAAGCUUAAUAAAAAUUUACAAGGUGUUAAUGGUGGUUAUGCAUGGGAGGAUGAUAUCCAGCGAAGCUGGGAUCUGGUGAAAGUCGAUGACGAAGGUAACAUGGCAGCCCUUGUCGCUAGUAUCAUCGAAGCUAGGAAGAAGAGAGCCGCAAAGAAGGAUAUAACACCUUAUCAACGAGGUAUAAUACGUACUUUAAUUCUUGUUAUCGAUUGCAGUGAAGCAAUGACGGAGAGGGACCUUCGUCCCAAUAGAUAUGCAAUGACUAUUCAGUAUGCAAUUGAUUUUGUGCAUGACUUCUUUGACCAGAAUCCUAUAUCACAGAUAGGAAUUGUUGUUAUGCGAAAUGGUGUGGCUCAUCUAGCUAGCCAAGUAAGUGGUAACCCUCAAGAGCAUAUAGAGGCGCUGAAAAUGAUCCGGAAACAAGAACCAAAGGGUAACCCUUCCCUUCAAAAUGCCCUGGAAAUGGCCCGCGGCUUGCUACUUCAUGUUCCUUCUCAUUGCACACGCGAAAUCCUGAUUGUUUUCGGAGCGCUUUCAACCACUGAUCCUGGUGAUAUUCACCAGACCAUAGCAUCUUUGGCUCAGGAAAGAAUCCGCACUAGGGUGAUUGGGCUGUCCGCACAGGUAGCCAUUUGUAAAGAACUCUGCAAAGAGACCAACUAUGGUGAUAACUCUUACUAUGGGGUGAUUCUUAACGAGACUCACUUUAAAGACCUUUUCACAGUGGCUGUCACCCCUUUGCCGGUUAACAAGUUGAAUAAGGGAUAUACUCUCAUCAAAAUGGGAUUUCCUACUCGAAUUUUUGAGGACACACUCUCUUUUUGCACUUGUCACUCAAAACUCGUUUACGGUGGUUAUUUUUGUCCCAAUUGCAAAAGUAAGGUCUGUUCGUUGCCCACUGUAUGUCCAUGCUGUGAUCUCAUGUUAAUUCUUUCAACACAUUUAGCACGUUCAUACCAUCACUUAAUGCCACUUAAGAUUUUUCAGGAAGUUCCGGUAGCAGUGCAGUUUCCAACGCAGAACUGUUUCAGUUGCCAGAAGAAGUUUUCUACAUUAAGAAACCACAAAACUCAAGAACUACUAACAAGCUCAAGAUAUCGUUGUGAAGAGUGUUCUCGCGAUUUCUGUAUAGAUUGCGACGUUUUCAUACAUGAGAUACUACAUAAUUGUCCAGGAUGUGAGUCUAAAGCUACAAUAUAA